AAAACACAAGCCAGACUAGAAAUGGAUGUAUACACUUUACAAUGAAUGUAUACAUUUAACAAAAGAAAGCAAGCACUUCUAAUCAAGGCACCGCUAGGAUUAAUAAGGUAUUCUUUUUUAAAGGAAUAUGCCUCAAUUCAUGGGAAAUGAUAGCUUGUAUGAAUUGGAUGAACCCUCCAUGCCAGAACAUGGCCACUUGUCCAUUGUCUCUCUUGCUAUCUGGUCCAUCACCUUCCUUUUGGGCCUCCCUGGAAAUGGCUUGGUAAUCUGGAUAGUCACCCUGAAAAUGAAGCAAACAGUGAACACCACUUGGUUUCUGCAUCUUGCUGUAGCUGACUUUGUGUGUUGCCUGUCUUUACCUUUUUCCAUUGUUCAUAUGGCGAUCCGUGAGUACUGGCCCUAUGGUUGGUUCUUCUGCAAGAUUAUCCCAUCAGCCAUUGUCCUCAACAUGUUUGCCAGUGUCUUCCUCCUUACUGCCAUCAGCAUUGACAGGUGUCUUGUGGUGAUGAAGCCCAUCUGGUGUCAGAAUUUCCGAACAGUAAGGAUUGCAUCAGUGACAUGUGGCAUCAUCUGGCUCCUGGCCUUCAUUAUGUGCUCUCCUGUGUUCUUCUACCGUGAGACCUCUGUAGAUGAACUCGGCAACACCAAGUGUGGCUACAAUUGGUAUGGCAAUGAAUAUGAGGACAACAAAUGGCCUGAUGAUCACUUUGCCAUCAGCGACUCAGAUAUGUUUUCUACUCAGCAUCCUACCUUAAUGCCUAGUGGAAGUGAUGAGGAUAUCACCAGCAAUGGAACUCUGGAGAAGGGUCAGAUUCUUGUUCUUCCCAGUAUUUCUGUUAGUAUGAGCACAACUGCAAAAAGCCAGGUUUCCCAUUCUAGUGAACCAGACAGUCUUGGCAUCUCUCCUGGAACACAGCUGAAUUCUACCAUAUCCAAUAGUCUUCAUUCCGAUGACCUAGACUUUUUUGCUUCUGGCAGUUAUUCUGGGAAUUUCUCUGCUGGUAAUGACUCAAUGACAAUGUACUAUUAUGAUUACCCCUUUGAUAGCCAACCGUCAAUUGUCUUAGUGUACAUUACCAUCACCAGAAGUAUCUUUGGUUUCCUCCUCCCCCUUGGAACCAUGGCAGUAUGCUAUGUUCUUAUUACCCACAAAAUAUUCACAAACCAAUUUGCCAAGCCCCGCAGGAAAACUCUACACCUGAUCCUACUGGUGAUUGCCAUUUUCUUUCUCUGUUGGGCUCCUUACCAUGUAGUUGGAGUGUUCUACCUUGUGGCUUCACCCGGUACAAAGUCUUAUGAAAUGCUAGAUUUGUGGGACCACAUUGCCACAGCAUUGGCCUAUGCAAACAGCUGCAUCAACCCACUUCUGUAUGUGUUUGUGGGGCAAAGUUACAGACAAAAAGCACGCCAGACAGUGCAAGGGGUGUUUGAAAGGGCCUUCAGUGAGGAAGUCACAUGCUCAACUGCCUACUCAAGGGACAGAAGCAAGUCAACAGAUUACAGGGCUGUUGAUUCUUCCCAACUCUGAAAUGACUCUUCCAAGCAAAAGAAAUGUACUUCUCUCUUCCGAGCUAUGGUGUAGUGCAAUGUUUGAUUUAACAGAGUAGAUGUGACACAUUUGGUGUACCAUUUGUGGCUCAUGCACAUAGAGGAGGGCAACAAGUCAAACUUCUUGCAUCUUCUUGGAGUGGUGGGGGAGUUUACGUGAAAGCCUUAGGGGUUAACCUUACAAGAGUGGAUGGGAGCAGUUCAUUGCAUAAGGAUCCUGGGAGCAGGUGUGGUGGCAUUUCAAGUUUGCCAGUAUUUUGUAGCACUGCAAAAGUGACUUAUGGUAUUAUAUGUCCAUAUAGUUUAAUGUAUACUGGCAGAUGACCACCGGUGAAGGUGGGUGGUGGUGGUACAACUAGGUAUUAAGAGCUAGAAGCUUUAACAGUUUUGAGAAAAAAUAGACUGUGCUUUCAAGGAAGAUGGAGGUAGUGCUCAAUUUCUAGAGAGUUCUAAAUACAUAAGAGUUCUAAAUACCAGGGCUCAGGCAUUGUGGGAGUCCUGGCACUUGCCCCAUUCCUUAAUUCUAAGCAUGAGGACAGGCUGUAGUUCCUCAGUAGGAAACAUACCUUAUGCUCAGAGGUAUGCUCAUUAUAUCAACAUAUGUGCUUUCUGAGAGGCAUAGGAACAUAGGAAGCUGCCAUAUAUGGAGUCAGACCAUUGGUCCAUCUUGCUCAGUAUUGUCUACACAGACUGGCAGCUGUUCCUCUAAGGUUGCAGGCAGGAAUCUCUCUCAGCAGCCCUAUCUUGGCAAUUCUGCCAGGGAGGGAACUUGGAACCUUCUGCAUGCAAGAAUGCUGGUGCUCUUCCUGGAGCGGCACCAUCCCUAAGGGGUAUAUCUUACAGUGCUCACCCAUGUAGUUAUCCCAUUCAAAUGCAAGCCAGAAUGGGGACAAUUCAUGCUUGGGGUGGGUGGGUGCACAUGUGUGCAUGCAGGUCUACCUACACAGCCAAGCCCAACAAUACCUGAAGUCCAUCUGUCCCCCCAUGUACACCAUUGGGUAUGAUGUGGCAAAUUCAAAUUCAGUCUGUUGAACAUCAGUGCAGAUGCAUUUGACUAGAGAAGCCAUGAAUACCAUGCAGUUUUAAGUUCAUCUUCAGAGACUCCCAUUUCAAAAUGUGGUCAUUUUUAAUGCACAACUUUCAUUGUGCAUGACUUCCCUCCAAGUCCAAGCCUGAGCACUUGUCAGAAGAAGCAGAAAGUUUUUCGGUGUGGAGAAAUUUCAGUGCAUUUAUUAACUUGUUAUUCUGUUCUGCUUACGAGUGUGGGAGGUGUUUGCUUUUGUUACCUCCUAGAACCUUUGGGCUAGGGCAGGCUGUAUACUUAAAUUAAUAAACAAAGUUAAACUUUUAACUCUCAGAAUCAAACACAGAUUUUUAUUGUCUUCCCUUUGCUGAUUGAUUUGGUCCAGUUUGCUUCAGUGCAGCUCCAACAAGGCAGCAGAAUUCAGCUCCUACCCAACAUAUUCUCUAUGGGCA